AUGGACGUGGAGCGAGUGGAGUUUGAUGAGGAAGUGGAGGCGGCCAUCGCCGAGCUGUUCCCGAGCGAUGACCCUUUGGAUGACCUGCACUUUGACAGCGUGGAGUACAUCAACUCGCUGUUUCCCAACGAACAGUCGUUGUCGAGCCUGGACGGAACAGUUGCGCGGUUGAAGAAGAAGCUGCGCGUCGUUGACGAAGACAUCCAGUCGUCCAUUCGAUCUCAAACACGCGCCGGCAAUGACGGCCAGCAGGCUCUCGAAGAUGCGCAACAAGGCAUGUCUGAGCUGUUGUCGCGGAUCCGCAACAUCCGCACCAAGGCCGAAACAUCGGAGAAGAUGGUUCAGGAAAUCACACGUGACAUCAAGUCGCUGGACAACGCCAAGCGCAACCUGACCACAUCCAUCACUACCCUUAAUCACCUCCACAUGCUGGUUGGCGGCGUUGACACGCUGGAGUCGAUGACCAAGCGCCGACAGUACCACGAUGCAGCAAACCUCCUCGCAGCGGUGAUCAACGUGCUCCAUCACUUUGAUGGGUAUACGAACGUCACACAAGUACAGGAACUGUCAAGAAAGGUUGAGGGCAUCAAGCGAGCGCUCGCCACGCAGAUUCAAGUUGAAUUCAAACGCGCGUUUAGAAAACCACAGCCCGACCUGUCUGAAACAGAUCCGCAGCAGUUGACGGAGGCGUGUGCGGUGCUGGACGUGUUGGAUGCGGACAUCAAGGACUCGCUCGUGCACUGGUUCCUUGAUGUGCAACUCAAGGACUACAGGCCAUCCUUCCACAUCGACGCAGAGCAUGCGUGGCUGGACAAGGUUGACCGGCGCUACGCGUGGUUUAAGCGCAUGAUGACGGCAUACAGGGAGGUCUGCGCCCAGAUCUUCCCGGAAUCGUGGCACAUGCCGCACCUUCUGGCGCGCCGCUUCUGCUCAGAGACCCACGACCAACUCAAGGCCGUGCUGGCUGCCCGUGAGAGCGACAUUGAUGUGCAGGUGCUGCUGUUCGCAAUCAAGAAGACGGCUCACUUUGAGAACUGGCUCACGGCCAAGUUUUCGGUUGAGGAGGAAGAAGACGAGGAGGAAGACGAGGAGGGUGCGGCUGCACGCGAGGAGCGACUGCUGCGAGAGGAAAUGGAUCUUCAGCAGCGCGCCGACGUCGCGUCGAGCGAGGAGGAGCGGGAAUCUUUGCUGCGCCAGAAGAGAGAACUCGAACGACAGCGCAGGAUGGGUGAGGCAGCAGCGACUGGUGGUCGACGUCACGGCAAAAAGGCCGAAUCACCGUUUACAAACGCCAUUGGCAAGGUGUUUGAGGACUAUCUGCACGUGUAUGUGGAGGCGCAGGACAAGAACUUGGAGGCGAUGUUGGACGAGUUUACAAAAGCAUUCAAGUCGUCGCUCAUGUUCCCGGAGAAGCAGGAGGAAGACGAGGCAGCAAAGGAGCUGGAGAGCAGCGGCGAUUUGUUUAUGUUCUUCCGCAAUUGCAUCAUGCAGUGCUCCUCCCUGACAACGGGCGAGCCCAUGUACAACCUCUACACCGUCUUCAAGAAAUACCUCAGAGAGUACGCUGACCGGAUCCUGCUGGCGAAUCUUCCCAAGAGCACGUCCCUGGCGACGCUGCUGGUCAAGGAGGCCGAGCUCAAGCUCUCCAUGGAGGAGGUGUACCUCGUCUGCUCCAUCCUCAACACAGCAGACUACUGCCUGCAGACCACAGAGCAACUUGAGGCGAAGAUGAAGGAGAAGCUUGAUGCGCCGUUCAACGAGCAAGUCAAUCUCACCGAGGAGCAGGACAAGUUCAACGAAGUCAUCACCACGUGCAUCCAGGUGCUGGUGCGCGCGCUGGAGACGGUGACGCAGCCGUCUCUCACCGCCAUCUACAAGACCAAGUGGGACCAGAUUGAAGAGGUCGGCGACACCUCGCCGUUUGUGUCUGCCAUCAGCAAACACAUCGUCCAGAUGGUUCCUCGUAUCAGGCGGUAUUUUGGCAACAACCGCAAGUACUUUACAAACUUUUGCCUCAAGUUUGCAAACGCUUUCGUGCCAAAAAUCCUCAGCAGUCUCAAGAAGUGCAAGACGGUUGGAACCGUGGGAGCAGAGCAACUCUUGCUCGACACACAGUCGCUGAAGCACGUGCUGACGCAGCUGCCGUCUGUCGAUGCGGCCGCUGCCCGGAAACCGCCCGCCGCAUACACGCGCAUCGUCAACCGUGGCCUCGGACAGGCAGAGACCCUGCUCAAGCUGUUGAUGGCCCCGCACGAUCCGCCAGGCAUCUUCGUCCAGGACUACACAAAGCUCAUUGGCGACGACGAGCCGCUCGUGCCGUUUGCAAAGAUCCUCGACAUGAAAGGGCUGCGGAAAGCGGAGCAGCAGCCGCUGCUGGCUGCGUAUCGCGAGCAAGUUGGCGAGGCCGCGUUCAAGCAGGAGCAGGCAGCACACGGCAGCAGCGGUGUUGGCGGUGUUGCUGCGCUUGGGCUUGCGUUUGGGCGUAGGGGUGGUGGCGACAGGAACAAGAAGGACAAAGAUGCUUCAUCCGCAUCAUCGUCAUCAGCGACAGCAGCAGCAGAGUCAGGGUCAGGCAAGACCGCAAAUCCAACGACGAGUGCCAGCACUUCGCCCACAAAGCGCGGCAGCAUCAACAUCCGAAAGCUCGAGUCCCUCAUUAAGCGGUUCCAGUAGCUGUGUUGUGUGUGUGUGUGUGUGUGUGAUGUGAUUGUGUGUGUGUGUGUGCGUGUGAUGUGACUGUGUGUGUGUGUGUGUGUGUGUGUGUGUGUGUGUGUGUGUGUGUGUGUGUGUGUGUGUGUGUGUGU